GGUGGCAACACUUCCCGCUGGAUGAGAGCAGUGCCCAGUGAGGCUGUUAGCUUGUUUGCCCUUGUGUGCUUCUUUCCUAUGAUAACCUGCCAGUUGUUUUUUUAAGGUUCCUUCAUACUCCCAAACUUCUCCAGGUGGCCUUAUCUUCCUCAGAAGUGCUUGUUUAUAUACAAGCUGCCCUCAUCUUUGUUUUGUUCCGCCUGUAUUUUUGUCUGUUCUCUGAGAAAAUGAUGGGUUUUUUUUUCUCUUUUUUUCCUUGCAAGUUCCUUUACGCGGAACAAUGGAUGAUGAGGGGGAAAACUAUGUUUCUGCAGAAGUAUCUGAUGUGUUGGAAUCAAUUUCUUUUCUGAAUGUUGAGGGUAAACCUUCACCCUUGGAGUCAACAGUAUUGCCUAAUAUGGAGGAACAGCAGGUAUACCAACCUCUGAAAGUCUUCUUGAGAGUGAGGCCCUUUUCUAUAGCAGACCUUGAAAGCCAUGAAUCUCAGGGUUGUGUAACUAUUGAAGAUUCCCAGACAGUAAUUCUUAAUGCACCCAAAGAGUCUUCUGCAAUGAAAAACAGUGAAAGAGGGAUUGGUCAUGCUGUGCACAGGUUCACAUUUUCUCAGGUUUUUGGACCAGAAACUACUCAGAGUGAAUUUUUUGAAAGCUCAAUGAAAGAAAUAGUAAGAGCAUAUGUUAAUGGAGUGAAUGGACUCGUGUUUACUUAUGGGGUUACAAAUGCAGGCAAGACAUUCACUAUCCAAGGGACUUCAAAAGAUCUUGGUAUUUUACCUCGCUCACUUGAUGUGAUUUUUAACCACAUAAAGGAAAGACAAUAUCUGAAGAUGAACUUCAAACCAUAUUUGAGCAAUGAUGUUAAGAAACUAGAAGAUGCACAAGUUAAACAAGAAGAAGCCUUAAAAACUGCUAUUCUUGCAUCACUGAAAGAGGAGACAGAGAACAUCUUAAAUACUAUGACAAAUAUCUGUGAUGUGAAGUCAGAGCCUUCCAGCUGUACUUCAAACAGUCAUCCUUCUAAUUCACUAGCAGAGAAGAACUUUGUUCCACUUGACAUUCAUAUGCACCAAAGAACACAAGCAUCUGUGUGGAUUUCCUUUUGUGAAAUUUAUAAUGAAUAUGUGUAUGACCUAUUAAAUGUGUUAUCUACGAAGUCUCAAAGGCGCAGAGUUUUAAGAAUUUGUGAGGAUCAAGAAGGAAAUUCUUAUAUUAAAGAUUUAAAGUGGAUUAAUGUUCAGAGCACUGAAGAAGCCUGCAAAAUACUAAAAAUAGGAAACAAGAACCGAAGCUUUGCUUGUACUAGAAUGAAUGAGCAAUCAAGUAGAAGUCACAGUAUAUUUUCCAUCAGGCUGCUAAAGCUGACUGACGAGCAACAGCCCCGUGUUCUUGGAGUUUCAGAGUUGUCUUUCUGUGACUUGGCUGGAUCAGAGAGGUGUAAUAAAACACAUGUCUUUGGAGAUAGACUAAAAGAAGCAGGAAAUAUUAACAAUUCUCUUCAUAUCCUUGGAAAAUGCAUUGCAGCAUUGAAGCAAAAUCAAAAUCCAAAGAUGAAACCAAGCUAUAUUCCAUUCAGAGAAAGCAAACUGACUCGUCUGUUUCAGCCAUUUUUUUGUGGGAAAGGCAAAGCUUGUAUGAUUGUAAACAUCAAUCAGCAUGCUUCCACAUAUGAUGAAACAUUACAAGUAAUGAAAUUUUCAGCUAUAGCCAGACAGGUUAUCCAGACAAUCCUACCCAAAAGUUUUGGUUAUUUUUCACCCGAGCUCGUUGAAGGUGAUGGCAAACCUAUCAUGCACUUUGAUGCUAACACAUCUGUAGAUGACUUUCCUGACAGUACUGAAACCUCUGCAGAAGAGGAAGUGGACAUCACCAUUCUGAGUCAUGAGGACCUCUUGAAAACUACAGAGAACUUAAAGGAGAAGCUAGUUGCAGAAAGGCAAAGUAAGCUCCUUCUGGAGGUGAAGAUACGUAAAGAGAUGGCAGAAGCAAUGUUUCGACAGCUGUUGGAAACAGAAGAAGCCUGGAGCAACCGCUUGGAAGAUAUGAAAGACAGUUAUGAAGAAAAACUGGAGAGCAAAUUUGAAAUGUAUAAAGAGGCCAUUAAGAAACAUGCAUAUAUGUGUGCAAUGGAACAAAUUGAAGACCAUUAUGUUCCCAUAGAAGAAUUUCUAGCUGAACAAGAGAAAGUUGAGGAUAGAGAGAGGAAAAUACUGCAAUUGGAAAGGCAACUUGAUGAACAGUCAGGGAAGCUAUUGGCUCUGGGUAGUCUGAACUCAGAUGUUCUGACUACUGAAAAUAACAUGGAACGAGAUCUUAUGGACAGGACAAUGAAGAGAGCCAAUGAAGGAUUACAGAAACAAUGCGAAGAGAAGGACGAGCUUAUAAAGUCUCUGAAGUUUAAAAUACAGAAACUAAAUGAAACCCUGCUAGAAACUAAUGAAGGCUACAGAAAAAUGGCAGAAGAAAACAGUCAACUGAAACACACAAUCAUGCUCAAGGAUCAAGAAAUAAGUAGUCUUCAGAUCUGGGCUAAGUGUGUUUUCGAACUUGAAGAAACAGUGUCUUCCCUGCAAAAAGAACUUGAAGAACGGAAAAAACAUUUCUUUGUAGAGAAGCCAAAAGAACAGAAACCCAGGAGAGGUUUGCUGGCCAGCCUGAAAUCCCCAGUAGCAACCACUGCUUGUACACCUCUUGGUAAAGGCUGGGGGAAGUAUGAAGAGGCUUCACCCUAUUCAAGAAAGAAAGUACUGUUGCCUCAUAAAGCAAAAGAAUAAUAUUUGAUAAAUCAAAGUGUCCAAUUUCUGGGCUUCUUUAUCAGUAUUAAACUGCUGAUAGGUCUUUCUCACUCUUAGCUACCAUCUUCACUGUCAUGUUAACUGACAGCAAAAUGUUUAAUACAGAACUUUUUCAAUUGAGUUGGGUUUGACUUUGGAGCUAUGUAAGUUUAGGUCUAAACCUGUGCUUUUACUGUUGAUAUAGGGGUGUGAUUUGACAAAUAUAUAUUUUAAUUCUUGAGUAACUGCUAUCAUGGUCUUCUAUACUGAUAAAUGUGUGGUUCAUGCAAAGUGGGAUGAUUCUAAUCUGCUGCUCAGUAUGUUUUUAAAUUAUUUCAUUGUUGAUUUGUAGAAAUCAGAUGGCUCAUAAACUUAACCUCAAGUAGCUAAAAUAGCUUGAUUCUUCAGUUAAUAUUCUGGCUUUGACCUGGAGAUUGCCUUUCUGGGACCAAACUAAGCAAACUGCUAAAAGAGGCAAUAAAAUGAGACCUUAUCUGGCUCCUUGCUAUUUUUCAGCUAACUUGGCUUUGUAAAGAAACUUGUUUUAAUAUAAUUUGAAUUUCCACUAAGAAUAUACAUUAAACUUUGAAAAAUCUACUUAAUAAAAUUUUCUAUUGCUAAAUUAA